CGAUGCUCCUGUGCAAAAGCACAUCUCUUGUGCAAAAGCACAUGGCAGAGUGGAUGCUCUCUUGUGGAACUCUUCUGCAAAAGUUCUUGUGCAAGAAGCUGCCAGUGUAGACAUAGCCAGAUAGUGUGAGUUGCCAACACAAGAGAGAGACUUGUUGCUUUGAGAAGAUGAGUGUAAGUAGGUAUGGGAUGGGUAAUGUAAUCUGCUUCCUUUUAUAGUGUGCCUUCUCACUCUGCUGUCUCCAGACCCUGAAAACUGCCUUUUACGUGUUCUCAAUUACAUCUGCUUUGAGUCAACAUGGGACCCAAGAAGCAAUCUUGUGGGAAGAAGUUCUCGCAGGUUGAGAAAUCGGGCAGAGAUGGAAAUAUCAAGGAUUAUUUUAUGCCGAAGAAUGGGCAAGAUUCAAACCCCCCACCACCAAAAAGGAGGAGAUCCAGCUCCAGGGCCAAUGCCCUGAAGGAUAUUAGUAAGACCUCAAUGUCUAUUGAGAAUCCUGGAAUCAAGACCCUCAAUCUAACGACAGUGAGGAUAAAGUAUUCACUAUUAGCUUAGAUAAAAAUGGAGGGAAGCAUGUUGUGAAAGGCAAAGCCAGUGACACUAUUUAUACUGCCCUGAUGCGUCUGAAAGAUGUCCAGAUGGACGUCAACAAGCAAAAGGGCAAGAAACUGUAUCUGCAAGAGAAAAAGAAGAUGAAGGCAUUUGUGAACUUAGGAAUGCCCAUCAAGUGUCUGCCUAAGAAGUCUCACUUUGAAAUGAAGUUUUAUAAAGUGAAGAGAGACCAGGAAGGUAGUGAGCUGGGAUACCGUCAGCUUGACAUCAGAGAAACUCCAUGCGUUGUAUUUUAUAUUUUACCCAUUGGCAAGAAAGGGCCUGGCGGGAAACGGCUUCAAAGAAUAAUGUGGUGCCAGGAGCUUGAAGAACAGCGCUGCAGGAUAUGUGUCUUUGCCCUGAAAGGAGAAACCAUCAAGGAAGCUGUGUGCAAGGAUGGACGGUUUCAUUCCAUUUUGGGGGAAAAGGAGUGGAAAAUAGUGGAGAACUGUGAAACAAUACACAAUAGUCACUAUUCUGUUGAUGAUUUGGACAAUCGAAUAUUUGAGGUGGAGGUCGAAAUUGAGCAUGCCGGUAGGGCAAAGAAUGAGCAGCAUGAUGCAGCCACUCGGGCAGAACAGGGGGAAGCAUUCUAUCAGUUUAAACCAGCAGUUCUGGAUCAGUAUCCUGAAUUAAAGAAUCAAAGUGAAUUGAUCAAAGAGUUCUUUAAAGAGGAAAUUUCACGGUCACGGAAGGGCAUCAAGGCUCUGCUGGAACUGCAUAGAAAAAAUUUUAGUAAGGAGACGAAGAAUUCUACUGCAGUUUGGGUGCAUAAACUGCUUGCUGGACUGAGCAACUCAGUAGGGUAUCUAGAAUGGGACUACAAUGGAAACAGUGGCAGUGCCACUUGCUUUAUGUUAUGUGAUGGGUACAUUCUGACCUGUCGUCAUGUGGUGAGCAAUGCAACAGGGGCAGGAGUUGAGGAGCAGCACUGGGCAGAAAUUAGUCAGUCUGUCAAGGUUACCUUCUCUUAUGAAUUCAAACACCCUAAGGAAGAUGAUUGGUUCUACUUAGAGCCAUGGUUAGAAAUAUCAGACCAGGCUCUUGAUUAUGUCGUCUUGAAACUGAAGGGAAGGAGCACUAAGUUCCCAGAUGGAUUGGCAAAACAUAUAUCUUCGCCACCAUUUAGUGGCCUGAUUUAUAUCAUUGGCCACCCUGAUGGAAAGGAGAAGUCCACAGAUGGCUGCUCUAUAGUAACCCGAUAUGAGUGUGGUUGGAGGUGCUCUGAACGCAUCCAGAGAGGGAAGGUGGAAGACCACAGCUUCACCAAUUGCGGUACCAUCCUUGAGAACAGAACCAGCGGGUGCAUUCACAUGUUCACUCAGAGGAGUUUCCAGGAAGUGAAUUAUAAUCCUCACAUAGUCACCUAUGACACCAACUUCUUCGGUGGCUCCUCUGGCUCACCUGUGUUUGAUGCAUCUGGCCACCUGAUUGCCAUGCACACCGCUGGCUUCUUGUACAAGUACCGGAACCAGGACCACAGCAUUAUUGAGUGGGGCUACUCCAUAGAGGCCAUUUUAUUUGAUAUCAAAAGAAAGAAUCCAGAAUGGUAUGAAUCUGUGCUAGUGAGAGCGGCAAGCAGGCAGUAGUGGAGUUCAGUGGAUUGUCAGAAGUUACAGAGUCAAAAAAGCCUCCAAUGGUAUCACUGUGGGCUGGGAGCAGCUCAGAUCCAACACAGCCAGCAGCUCCCAUGCUGCCAGCCCACUGCAUGAAUAGGUAGUCUCCAGAGAAAAUCACUGUGCUGUAGGAAACGUCACAUCAGUAGGUGGUGCUCUUCCCUCUCUGUACUCAACCACUCUUGAAAGUAACACAACUGGAGGGAGCUGUAAAACAUAGCCUUGCCCCUUAGAGCCUAAGACACUGUAGCCCUGCAGGGCAGUCUCCCUUUGAAGCCUGGGUCUGUAAAGCUCUGGAUGAAAAGCCUUUGCCAGUGAAAACUCACCUAUGAACACACUGAAUCUUCCUUGCUGGCUGGAGAGCUCAUAGCUCCACAAGUUCCCUUCAGCGAUUGUUGAUAUUCCACCGUGCUGUGCUGGGUAUUACUGUCAUAGCCAGUGCCAGGAGCUCUCUAGCAUAACGACUAGGACACUGUUGGCUAGUCCUUAGUCACACAAACCCUCCAUACAAAGUGUGAUGGGAUUCUCAGGUGCAGUUUGGGAUUACAGAACUGUUGUGCCUAUUUAACUCUCCAGCCUGCUCUCUCUCUCAGUGCUCUGCUAGUGCCAAACAGCACACCCCUCCAAACACUGUGAUCACUCUGCACAAGCACAUGUGGAGCUCUAGCCAACUAGAUUGCAUGAGUGUGUCCAGCACCACUCAUGAGUUGCACAGAGAAUGGCAUCAGCCAAAUCCCCACCCAAAUCCUAGCCUUGGACCUCAGGAUUAGAGUGACUUGCACUUCUCAAGGUGAGCAGUGUGAAUUUAUUAAUUGGUUCACUAUUUUAACAGUGUAAAAUGGAUCUCUACCAGCCUUUGCAAACGUGAGCAGAUUAACCCCAUCUUU